ACAGUGGACAGAGGCUCUUAGCACCGCGGUCUGUAGGUUGCUUGGCUUGGCGGAGCUGGGCGCGGAGGCCGCGGCGUUGUCCGAACAGCUCUGCUUCCCGUCGGCGUGUAGAAAGCUGAAGCAUUUCUCCUUUAACUGCGGUGGGCGGGGCGCAGCGACGCGUCCUGCGUUGCUAUUGGCGGCGGUUGGGGGCGCGGAAACCGAACCGGAGCAACGGCCGCCGCAGCUACCUAGGGCUUCUCUGGCGCCGCCAUGGCCGCGGCCUGCCUGGUGAGUUCUUUUAGGGGUGGCCGCCUGGGCCCCUGUCUGCCCUCUGGGACGUUGGGCGCUUGGCCGACCGGAGCGGUGAAUUCGAGAGGACGAGGCAGUCCACUCCACGCUAGGGAGGAUCCCUCAUUGGAGAGGCAUUUUAAGGGCCACCGAGAUGCGGUUACCUGUGUGGACUUCAGUCUCAAUACAAAGCAGCUGGCCAGUGGCUCCAUGGAUUCCUGCCUCAUGGUCUGGCACAUGAAGCCCCAGGCACGUGCCUACCGCUUCACAGGCCACAAGGAUGCUGUCACCUGUGUGAACUUCUCUCCCUCGGGACAUUUACUUGCCUCAGGCUCCCGUGACAAGACUGUCCGCAUCUGGGUACCCAACGUCAAAGGCGAGUCCACUAUGUUUCGUGCACACACAGCCACAGUGAGGAGUGUCCACUUCUCCAGUGAUGGCCAGUCCCUUGUGACAGCCUCUGAUGACAAGACAAUCAAGGUGUGGUCAACACAUCGCCAGAGAUUCCUGUUCUCAUUGAGCCAGCACAUCAACUGGGUCCGCUGUGCCAGGUUCUCCCCUGAUGGGCGGCUCAUCGUGUCUGCCAGUGAUGACAAGACCGUCAAGCUGUGGGACAAGACCAGCCGGGAGUGUGUCCACUCAUACUGUGAGCAUGGCGGCUUUGUCACCUAUGUGGACUUCCAUCCCAGUGGUACAUGUGUUGCUGCUGCCGGCAUGGACAACACUGUGAAGGUGUGGGAUGUACGGACUCACCGGCUGUUGCAGCAUUAUCAGCUACACAGUGCAGCAGUAAAUGCUCUCUCUUUCCACCCAUCGGGAAACUACCUGGUUACAGCCUCCAGUGACUCAACCCUGAAGAUCCUGGACCUGAUGGAGGGCCGGCUGCUCUACACGCUCCAUGGGCAUCAGGGACCUGCCAUCACUGUUGCCUUUUCAAGAACUGGGGAGUAUUUUGCUUCUGGAGGCUCUGAUGAACAGGUGAUGGUUUGGAAGAGUAACUUUGAUGUUGUUGAUUAUGGAGAAGUAAUAGAAAUGCCAAGGCCCCCAGCCACACUGGCCACCUCCGCAGGGAAUCUGCCAGAAAUGGAUCUCCCCAUGCCCCCAGGCAGAGGCAAGAGUCUGGAGUCUGUGCCAAGCCAGCCCCAGGAGCCCAUCAGCAUGCCCCAGACACUGACCAAGACGCUGGAGCACAUCGUGGGCCAGCUGGACGUCCUCACUCAGGACAGCCACACUGAUCUCCUGCCAAUUACAAGAGUGUGCUUCAGGGCCUUUUCACCUGAUGUACCUCAUGCUUACAAGCACUUCCAUUGGCCCAUCUUGUGGCAUUUCCUCACAGAGGCCUUCCUGCCAGAGGUGGCACUCUCCUUCCCACAUCUGCCAGCUCCAGCCAGCAUCAGCCCCAGAGAAGACAGUGUCCAUCCUGGAACAACGGUUGACACUGACAGAAGACAAGCUGAAGCAGUGUCUGGAGAACCAGCAGCUAAUCAUGCAGAGAGCAACACCAUGAUCAGGGGAGCAAGAAUCAGGAGCUUGGUUGAUUGGGGGGUGGGGGGCAGGCCAGGGAUUUGUACUAUGGGACUUGGGGAAAUAAAGGAAUUCAGCUCUGUGGGAAUCACAUCUGUAGUGAGCCCUGACAAAUAAGUAGUUGUGCCCUCCACCUUGCAAUUUGCACCAGCAUCCUCUCCACUUGGAGCAGAGGGCUCCAGGCCAGGACCUGCACAGAAAGGAUGUUUGAAACCCAACUGGCAGGACCACAUUUAGUUUGAUGUAAAAGAUCCACUUGAGGGGCCUGGGAUUUAGCUCAGUGGUUUCGCUGGCUCCUGUACAAGCACAAGGACCUGAGUUCGAUCCCCAUUACCAAUAAAUAAAUAAAUAAAUAAAAGAUCCACUUGAAGUGUUUGGUGCCUUGAA